CUGACGCAUCCACGUGUUCUGCUGUAAUUUUGCUCUGCCUGUAGGAGGGGAAAUGAUUUGUUUGAGGAGCGAAGAAGGACUCAAGUAAUGGCAAGGCAAUGUCUGCAGAAGCUGAUGUAUUUCCUGUCGUUUCUUGGAUGCUUUAGGACCACUCUUGUGAUUGCCGCUUAUGCUGGGAAUGUGAAUGUACUAUGGCUUCUUCUUCAGCAUGGUGUUGAUCUUUUUCAUCGAAACAAGCAUGGCUUUAACGAUUUGGGUAAUCGCCGUCAGUUUAAGCCUGAAGUUAUAAAGACACUGGAGGAAUAUGAAAACUGUAAAAGAACAGGAGAACGCUCUGUAGGAGGCACAGGAGGUCCAGCAGUACCUGAGAUCUCUUGCUCUGGGACGACUGCUGCCCCUCCCAUGGGAGCACCUGUGCAGACUGGAGCAGGUGUCUUGCCAGAAGCUGGAGCACAGCAAGAGGAGGAAUGUGACUCCGUGUCUGAUUUAGACCUAACUUCUCUGAAGACUGAUUCUGAAGGUCCAGAGGAAGUGUCAGCUGUCAUGCUGCCUCAUGGUGCAAACCAACAAGGAGCGUGUGCGCAGCAUGUUGCAGAGGAGCAUCACAUUGGUGUGUUGCCAGCAGCAGGUGCAGCACAAGAAGAAGAAGAUUUUGACCUCUCUUCUUUGGAUGAGGUUUUUGCACUGGAGAGAGAAGAGCUUCCGCUCAAGAAGGAGGCUUCAACACAAACCGAUGGUCAAGGCGACACUGAGGGAUUCAUCAGGUGGCUGCGGCAGGAGCUUGUCAGCGCUCUCAGAAACUGCUCCAGAGCAGAAGUUUCACUUGAAGUCGAGAAGCGCUGCAGCAGGGACCUGCAGCAACAGAAACUGCAGCUGCAGAAGGAACUGAACCAUUCUAAAGCUCAGCUGCAGGAACUGCAAGAACGGCUGAUCCGGAGCGAGUGUUAUGCCGAGGCUCUGGAGAGUGCCAUAAAGAAUAAGGAGAGGGAGCUAACAGCUGCCAGGAACCUGCAGAGCCUUCUGGUCACCUCUUCUGGAACUGCAGCUAUCCCAGAGCUGGAAGAACGCGUGCAACAGCUCCAAGUUGGAAUGGCCAAGCUGGAAGCCACAGGCCAGCAACAAGCCAACACCAUGGAAGCCCUUCUGAAAGAGCUGCGAGCCUCUGCCUCACGUGGGAGCGAAAGCAAGGAAUUGAAGAAGCCGGCUGAGAAGAAACGCCAAUUGGAAGUGAUUCUGGAGGAAACACAGACAAGUAAUGGCACCCUGGAGGAAGAACCUAGCGGCUUGGAGACGCUUCUGGAGGCAUCUCAGACAAAGCUGAUGGAAUAUACAGUGAGGAAGAGAGAGUCCCAGCCCAGUUUCCAGAGAGGCCUGAAGAACAGCUGUUCUGAGGUGGCCAAGCAAGUUGGUAAACGGAGAAGAAAGGUGAGCUCUGGUUUGUUUAGUGGACUGGAGGUGAUUCUUUUUUCUGCUGGAACCUGUACGAUUCUCGUCCUAUACUUUUUUCCAUGUUGCUGUUUAUCUGUUAGCUGUAUUUUGCAAUUGAUUGAAUUCUCUUGAUGCUCCUGCUGCUGUUGUAGCAGUGGAUGGUGAUGACGUUGAGGAACACAGAUGUAGUUACCCAGAUGGCUAAAAACCAUGAGCCAGGAGUCCCAGCAGGGCUGCGGAGCUCAAUGGCCUCUCCAAGCAGGACGCAGUCCCGGGGCCCCAAGUGAGAAGAGCAGAGAGGGUCAUCAUCAUCACCAUACCACAAGAUUUUAAUACUUUUGAAUGCUCUGUCAGCAGGUGACAAAAGGAGUCUCAAUGGCCUCCCGCCUUCCGGAUUUCCACAGAAGUGAGUGACAUUAGAGCUCUCUCUUUGACUUGCUUUUGGUUUGCCACCUACAAGUUGGUGACAUUUCCCAACAGCUGGAGGUGCAGUUGCAACAACACAUGCAGCAGGCAAGAUAAACCCAGGACCUGUGAGAAGUUUUUCCGCUUUGCGUGGGACUCAGGAACAACCAGUCUGGAACCUGGGCUUAGCCUCAAAAGUCAUUCGGAACUCCCGUGGUAGGUCACAGCCAAGUAAAGCAUUCUAAAAGAGAGAUGGGAGAAAGAGCUGGACAAGAAAUAAGGCAAAAACCACAAGAGGUUGAUCCCUAUCUCCACGGAACGCAAUUUUCCACUUGUGUCUGUAGCCCACAGGCUGUAGCUUUGUUGUUGACACAUCUGAGUGUCUGGUUUUCUGGAUCUGGAUCUGCACAUUAGUGCUGUACUUCCAGAAUCCAGUUUCCAGUGCCACCUUUGGCCCAGCCUGCUGUAUAAACUAACAGCCCACACUAACCCUUCCCCAGCCACUGCUGAGCCUCCAGCGCCAUCAGCCCUGACAAGAUGCCAGAGCAGAAGAAGUGCCGGUGCCCGAAACCAGAGUGGUCGCAAGAGAGAGGAAUGAAGCCUGCAAACCUUGACGUUCCAUCUUGUGCAGCCAUUGCCCUGCGUCUGGUGCCAGCUGUACUGUUGCAGCGUGCUAUUUAAUAAACUGUGUCGUCUA